AUCUGAACAAACGAGCACCACGCUGCCGCCAUGCAGUCCAUUCGCCAGAUUGAGCGCCUUAAUCAAACCGAGCUCGACAAGUGUAUCCCGCCUAACGCGUCCUGGCACACCGACUACCGCGACACAGCCUACCUGUACAUCGGAGGCCUGCCAUUUGAGCUCUCCGAGGGCGACAUCCUCACCAUCUUCAGCCAAUAUGGGAACCCGGUGCACAUCAACUUGGUGCGCGACAAGGACACUGGAAAAUCGCGCGGCUUCUGCUUUCUCAAAUACGAGGACCAACGGAGCUGCGAUCUUGCUGUCGACAACUUGAGCGGCGCUGGUGUAAUGGGCCGUGUGAUCAGCGUCGACCACACGAGAUACAAGAAGAAGGAAGGCGAGGUGGAAGGCAUAGGCGACGAAGAUGUCGAGGAUGCAGAUGAUACCGACAGAGAGGGCGACGACCGACGGAAGCGGAGGAAGACUGAGGAGAGCGAGAGUGAAGAGGAGCGGCCUCUGAUCAAAGAGGAAAUCGAAUUGCAGAAGCUACUAAGAGAACACGACGAUGAUGACCCCAUGAAAGAGUACCUUGUCCAGGCAAAACGAGAGGAGGUAGCCGAGGCUCUCAAGGCUGUCGUAAAACAGAAGGGAGAAAAUCGAGGCCACGACCGACACCGCAAACACAGCAGACAUCACCACCAUCGGUCAUCACGGCGAGGCGACGAGUCAGAUGAUGGCGAUAGAGAAAGGCGCAGACACGAACACCGUUCUCGACGAGAUCGCCAGCGUGAUUCAAACAGAUCUCGACAUGAGUCGCCGCCCAGAGAUGAGUCCAGCACUCACUCUCGUUCGCGGCGUCAUGCGGAUCGUGACGCACUGCGUCGCUCUACGAGGGACGAUUCUCUUUCUGACGCGGAUUCACGGAGGCGAAGGAGACGCGACGCAUCGAGGGAUAGAAGAGGGAAGGAACGCUCUCCAUAAAAGCUCGCAGGUUCUCCCACGAUGCACAAAGAAAGGUAUGCAGAGCACAACAGGCCCUAAUAUCAUGAACAGCGGAGCCUUGACUUGCCAAACUCACGUGGCUCUCUUGACC